AUGCCUGAACAAAUAAAUCUAGUUCCUCCAAUCUCUGAUGUUUCUUCUAUUAUCCCCAUAAUGUCGCUAUUCACGCAUGAUGGGAUCUGUCACGGUCAGGCCUGUUGCAUUGCGGUCAACGCAGACCGGAUAUGUGCGGGCUUCACGAUGCUGCGGUCGCUAUCAGGUCUUGUGCUGUCACCGAACCCGUCGGCAAAUCAUGAGACUCUCACUCUGCGCUUGGACAAAUUGGCCGGUGCGGAGAAUGGAAAGGUAUCCGAGGGUGCAGGUUCGGCUGUGAUCGGUGAUAAGCAUGGGCCGAGGACCCAAGCUGCCAUGCCACGGCCGUUGGCGAGCUUCUCAGGCGCAGGAGAGCUUAAUUAUUGGCUUGAAGGCAGCUGCCAAAUGCAGCGCUGCGGGUCGGUGGCCAUUGGUCUCUCUGGCCAUUUCCCAACGACACGCAACACUAAAAUCCGAGUACCCCCGGCCAGGCCAGUGCACGCUGAUUGCUCGAUAUUCUCCGAUCUGCAGGUCUGGCGUUCCAUGAAUGGUCUCCCGUAG